UGCCACCCGGGCAAAGAACCCGGUAGCAACUUGGUUCCUGCGCGGGUGCUGGGGCUGUAAGGCACCGGGCGGUCGGCUGGUUGUGGAUCGCAGAAGGAGGACGCUGGGGCCCGCCGACCAUCCGCUGCUACUAUGAUUCCGGUGUCGCUGGUGGUGGUGGUGGUGGGUGGUUGGACUGCCGUCUACCUGGCCGACUUGGUGUUGAAGUCAUCUGUGUAUUUUAAACAUUCUUAUGAAGACUGGCUGGGAAAAAAUGGAUUGAGCAUCUCUCCUUUUCAUAUAAGAUGGCAAACUUCAGUUUUUAAUCGUGCCUUUUACAGUUGGGGACGGCGGAAAGCAAGGAUGCUUUACCAAUGGUUCAAUUUUGGAAUGGUGUUUGGCGUAAUUGCCAUGUUCAGCUCCUUUUUUCUCCUUGGAAAAACACUGAUGCAGACUUUGGCACAGAUGAUGGCUGACUCUUCUUCUUCCUCUUCCUCCUCUUCCUCAUCUUCCUCUUCUUCAUCUUCCUCUUCCUCCUCUCUUCACAAUGAACAGGUGUUGCAAGUUGUGGUUCCUGGUAUAAAUUUACCUGUCAAUCAGCUGACUUACUUCUUCGCUGCAGUCCUCAUUAGUGGUGUUGUACAUGAAAUUGGACAUGGUAUAGCAGCUAUUAGGGAACAAGUUCGAUUUAAUGGCUUUGGAAUUUUUCUCUUCAUUAUUUAUCCUGGAGCAUUUGUUGAUCUGUUCACCGCCCAUUUACAACUUAUAUCACCAGUCCAGCAGCUGAGGAUAUUCUGUGCAGGUAUUUGGCAUAAUUUUGUCCUUGCUCUCCUUGGGAUUUUAGCUCUUGUUCUCCUCCCGGUAAUCCUCUUGCCAUUUUACUAUACUGGAGUUGGGGUACUUAUCACUGAAGUCGCAGAGGACUCACCUGCCAUUGGACCCCGAGGCCUUUUUGUGGGAGACCUUGUCACUCAUCUUCAGGAUUGCCCUGUUACUAACGUGCAAGAUUGGAAUGAAUGUUUAGAUACCAUUGCAUAUGAGCCCCAAAUUGGUUACUGUAUAAGUGCAUCAACGUUACAACAGUUAAGCUUCCCAGUUAGAGCAUACAAACGACUAGAUGGUUCUACUGAAUGCUGUAACAACCACAGCCUCACAGAUGUGUGUUUCUCCUACAGAAAUAAUUUGAACAAGCGCUUGCAUACAUGUCUACCUGCCCGGAAAGCAGUUGAAGCAACUCAAGUUUGUAGAACCAAUAAAGAUUGCAAAACCAGCUCAAGUUCAAGUUUCUGUAUAGUACCAUCAUUGGAAACUCACACUCGAUUAAUAAAAGUGAAACAUCCACCUCAAAUUGAUAUGCUCUAUGUAGGGCAUCCACUGCAUCUUCACUACACAGUGAGCAUCACGAGUUUUAUCCCACGCUUCAACUUUCUAAGCAUAGAUCUGCCAGUGAUUGUGGAGACAUUUGUCAAGUAUCUGAUUUCUCUUUCUGGAGCUCUAGCUAUUGUUAAUGCAGUGCCCUGCUUUGCCUUGGAUGGUCAAUGGAUUUUAAAUUCUUUCCUGGAUGCUACCCUUACCUCAGUGAUUGGAGACAACGACAUCAAAGAUCUGAUAGGAUUUUUCAUCUUGCUUGGUGGCAGUGUACUUUUAGCUGCCAAUGUGACACUGGGACUCUGGAUGGUUACAGCACGGUAAUAUUUGCUCUUAUCCAACAGACUGUAUGAAGUACAGCUACAUGGCAAUGUCUAUUGCCAUUGAAAUUCUUACUAGGUAUGAAGUGUAAAGUGUGUCCUUAAAACAUCUUGGCCAACAUCUUUGAGCUCCUCCUAUAUCUAGAGAAUCCAAACUCUGUAGUAGAAAAGAGUGGAAGAAAUGAAAAGCAUAAGUCCUGACUACGUCCUAGGUUUAAAGAUUGAAUGUGCAAACUCCGUUUGUGGAACAAUUUGUAAACAUGUGAAAAUUGAUUCUUGUAAUAAUAUUUUGUGUGAGUAUAUAGCAUUUUGGAAUAGUAAAAGGGAAAGCAGAAUCUGGUGGUAAAAGUGUGUGUGUGUGUGUGUGUUUUACUAGAGUUUGAAGCCAGGACCUCACUUAUUCUACUUAAUGCUAAGCAAGCUUUCUCCCACUAAGUUAUAUCUCCCGCCCCAGGAAAAAAUUUAUUGAAAAGUGCCAUUAAGAUGAUGUGGUGGUGCACACCUAUAAUCUUAACACUUGCCUGUAUGUGUUUAGGAGGCUACACAAAAGGAUCAUAAAUUCAAAGUCAUCCGUCUUUAGCUACAUAGUGAGUUCCAGAACAGC